AUGGCGAACCUCAUGACUUAUCAAGAUGAGGAUGGGAAUGUUAGGCUCCUACCUGGGUACAAGUUUGAUCCCACUGAUGAGGUUCUUGUGGAUUUCUACCUAAAAAGGAAGAUCUUUGCUCAACCGCUUCCUUUUCAAAUCAUCCCAAAUUUUGAUGUGUUUCAAACUGAGCCUUGGUGUCUGCCAGGAGAUGGAAAGAUUUUUAAUGAACGCAAAUGCUUCUUCUACAACACCAUGGGUCGUGACCUUGAGAACCUUGACACGAGAGUUGCUAGGAGUGGCCAAUGGAGAAUAAUAGAGAAAGACAAAGAUGUUCCAAUCCCCCUUCGAAACAAUCAAGUGAUUGGGAAGAGGAACACUCUAAUUUUCUGGAAAGUGCAAGGAGCAUGUUUUAUGAGGACCAAAUGGGUGAUGCAUGAGUUUCGCCUUGCGUUAAUGGCUAACCCAUCCAAGAUGGCAAAUUGGGUUGUUUACCGAAUCUUUCAGAAAAAGGAUGCAAAGAAGGUGAAGAACGCAAGAGGUUCUAAUGAGGAAAGCUCCAAUGUCGAGAAUGCUGAAGUCAUUGAUUUCAAUGUUGAGAGUGACAGUUUCUCAAAACCUCCCCUAAACACCGAUUCCUUAAGUGAGGAAAGUGAAUAUCCUUGA